AUGUCUCGCGUCUUUUUUGCGAAAAGUAAUGCUGAAAGACAACGAGCAAAGCGUGCUCUACAACGUGAAAAAAACCUUGCUGCCGCGAUUAAAAGUAGUGAUGAUGAUGAUACGUCUGUCAAUAAAAUGGACGUCCCCCUGGCGUAUCCAUUAUCAAUGGAUGAUCAAUUGUCAUCACAUGACCUAUUUCAAAAAGACGAUUUAGCUUCACAACAACAAAACAACAUUACUUUUGCUGAAUCCACAAGCAACGACGACGACGACGAUGCUGAUCUUGAUGAAUUAAUACGUGCAAGCGACGUGAAUUAUGAACGUAAAGUUUAUACUGAUAGUUUCCUAUCAAUUCAUAAUGCUUGUGAAAUAAUCAUUAAAUUAGCUCGUAGAUUAAACUUAGACAAGAAUAAAACUCGUAUAUUAUUACAAGGCAUCCGUUCUUUACUUCCACAAAAUAAUAAACUACCGAGAACAAUAGUAGGCCUUAUGAAAAUUCUUGGUAUGAAUAUUUCGAAAAAGGUCGUCUAUUAUUGUGCCGAAUGUCUUACCUGUUUAAAAACACCUCAACAAAUGCCUUGUUCACAUAAUUGUGCUUUGAACAAUAAUUAUCGUCCCUUCUCGAAGGUAAGUGAAUUGACAAUUAAUAAUAUUAAAGAUGAAAUUCGUUGCACCAUCGAAAAGUAUGGUAAUGUAAUUAUUGAUUAUCCAAAUCGAUCAAAAUUAUCAUUACCAUGUGAUGUACCGAAUGCCGAUGUAUAUCAAAAUUUAUCUUCAACAACAUCGAUCAAAAAUGGCCAAAAACAAAUUACCGUCAUGCUUCACACUGAUGGAGCACCUGUUACUAAAAUGGGUGGUAAAUCCUUAUGGCCAAUUCAAGCUACGAUAUGUGAGAUUCCACCACCACUUAGAGAUCACAAACAGGCUACUAUGAUUUUCGGCGCAUGGCUUGGAAGUCAUCAUCCUGAUCGAAACCUUCUUUGGGGAAAUAUUAUCAAACAACUUAAAGAAUUAUUUACAGAAGAAAAUAAAGUUGCCAUCAACAAACAGCAGUUUAAAUUUAUUGUACGAGUUCAAUUAGUAACCUUCGAUCUUCCAGCACUUGCAUUAAAUUGUAACAUUAUACAAUUUAAUGGUUAUAAUGCAUGUCCGUAUUGCAAAAUAACUGGUAAAGCUAUUGAAAAACAAGUGUUUUAUCCUCAUUCACCUGAUCAAUAUCCACCUAAAACAAUAGAUGAUUAUCGACGAUACGGAGCAUCGAAUUCUUUAAAUAUUACUACUAUUGGCAUUAAAGGUCCAACGCCCUUAACAGACAUAUUAUUAUUUCCAGUUCAAAUUAGUAUUGACUAUAUGCAUUUGAUAUGCAGCGGGCAUGUGAAAACUUUAAUUGGUUACUGGCACAAGAUGUUGUUGCCUCGUGUGUUCAUGGAAGCGUCAGAUUAUUUAAUAUCAAUUGUACUGCCACAUUGUUUUAAUUAUCAAUUUAUGUCAUUGAUGGAUUAUAACCACUGGAAGACCAAACUCUUCAGAGAUUUUCUUUUAUUCAUAUCACCUGUGUUUUGUAUUUUGUUUUUACCUGAUAAAUAUGCAUUACAUUUUUUGUAUUAUUUUAUAUAUAUUCGUACACUUUAUCAUUACGAAACGGUAUCGGAAUUGAACGACAUUGAUUUGUUAUUCGAGGAAUAUUUGAAAAAUUUAUCAUUAUUAUAUGGUCCCAAAUCCGAAUUAUUUACUAUUCACUUACAUUCUCAUUUAAAAACACAAGUAAUUCGUCAUGGUGCUUUGUCAAUGACAUCUUGUUUUUCUCGUGAAUCAUAUUUGGGGUUGGCAUUAACCAUGUGUCAUGGAAAAAAGUAUAUUCUUGAACAAUACAUUUCAUGGCAUUUGAUCGAUCGUUCAUUACGUGAAAAUAACACGAUCGAGGUUAGUGAUAUUUUUAUUAUCGAACGAUUCGAUGAACGCCAUCUGGAUAUGCAAAUGAUUGCAUAUUAUCAAACAAAGUUGAUUGAAUGUUGUGCCAAACAAAAUAUUUUACUUGAUCCAACUAUACAAUUACAAUAUUAUGCAUGCUACCGUCGUGGCUUCAAAACUUACCACUCAAAGGCUUAUUCUCGUGGUGGAAAAGCAAUUAGCUAUCGAGUAUCACUUGUCAAUCUAAAAUGUGUACAUUCAAGAAAGAGAUGUUUUGCUGAUGUGAUGUUUUAUUUCAAAUUAUCCAACGUGUUUUAUGCAUUUGUUAAAAAAUAUCCAUGUGCUGAUCUUAGUUUGGCAGACGGAUUAAAGACAGUUGUUAUUCCACAAAAUUUGAUUGAACGGCUUGACCAUUACUAUGGUCUGUUUAAUGCAAAACAAAAUUCAUAUAAAAUAAUUCCAGUAACUGAUAUUAUUAAUAAAGUGAUUAAGAUGAAUUGGUGUGAUGAAAAUAUUUAUGUAUUUACCGAUGUUGUUAUUGAUUGGGAGCAUGACUGA